CCCUUCCAUGUUUCUCCCCUCCACUUCGCCAAUAAUAAACAUUCUUUAGAAACUAAUCGGAAUUGAAUUGAUCGCUAUGCUGUCCAUUACUAGCUGCUACAUGAAUAAUAUACCAGAAAAAUCACCAUGCUCAGGAACUUCUCGCUGAGGUCCUAAUAACUGGUAAUACCUAAAGGGUGUAAGAAUGGAGUAGAGAACUAUCAACUAUACAACAAAACAGAGAUACGCUUAGGUACUAGAUACUUGUCAGAGGCAUCAGCUCAUACAUGACUUGACAUCCAUGUAUGAAGACAACACCGCCUACGUAGAAUUAUUGGUUGGAUUCAUUAUUGUACGCCUUCGAGUCGGGUUGGUCACUGAUUUGCUUGUAUAUAUUUAUAUAGAUGACCUUGGGACAUUGCUGCUUCCUUCCUUUGUUUCCCUCUCGAUCUUGCCUUCCUUUUUCUGCGCACGUGAAAAAGUCGCAAUAUUAUAAAAAGAAACCGCCGUAAUAUUAUACCGAGCCCUCGUCACUUGAAAAGAAACCAAUGCCUUCAAAACGUUCUGACGGAAGUCGACAUGGUAUUGGGCCUAGUCGCUCUAGCACUCGUCGCAAUGGACAUCAACCGUCGGCGCAUACAGCCUCGUCGACAUCAACGACGCACGGGAAGCAGGUCUAUACAAGCACACUGACCCUAUUUGGGCUGCCCGUUGCGCAGCACAGAACAGUCAAGACGGUCCAAAUGCCUACUACCGGGCUUGAUGGCAGAACCGCCUCCACUAAUAGUCUUGCUGCUGCUCCUGCCACCAUCGCCCUACCUGUUCCUGCUCCUGCACCCUCGGUACCUGCCACUACCGCCGCUGCGACUGCUACCACUGUACCCGCUGCGACUAUCCCAAGAGCUUCACAUAGUGCCGCCGUAGCUGCUCCCACUGCGGCUGAACCUUCGGCUGCCGUACCUGCGCCGGCUACCGCCAAUAACACAAUUGUUAUCGGUAACACAGGCUUUUUAGUUCCCAAAAAUUCUGUUUGCUUCGUUAUCGUCCCAUCUCCUGGGACUUGACGUAGAAGGUGAACUUGAUGGGUUUCGCGUAUUACUGUGAAAUUGUUAACUUUUGCCAGGGAAGAUUAUCGAAGAGUAAGGAGGGAAGGGUCCUAUACACGGGCGAUUUCGAUAGGGAGGCCGACACGGUUCGGCGGAGUCCGUUCACUUUAGGGCACGGACCAUAUG